AUGUAUCUAGUUCCACUAUUUCUUACAUUAAUUACUUUAUCAUUAACAACAACGAAGAGUUUAACAUGGAAAGAUAAUUCUUUCCAACAGCUUCCUCGAGCUGUUAAUCGUUAUCAUCGUCAUCCUUUAUUAAAAAAUGCUUUACAAAACGAUUUGAAUCGUGUAAAACGAAAACCUACUACACAAUCAUAUGCACGAUGGGAAAGUGAAGAAGAAGAUUCCCUGGAAAUUAGAGAUAUACCAAGACCAAUAAUCUCCGAGAGUGAUGAUCUGGCAUUGCCACCGUUACAUCUUGAAAGAAGGACUGAUCCCAAUCACUUGAAAUUACUAGCAUUUCUGUCUUAUUUGGAAAAUUGGAAACCACAAAAUCAUUAUCAUUUAUCUAAAACACGUUUUGGUCGGCAUAAAAGAUGA